AUGACAAAAUCUAAUCUUUGCUCGUUACUUUCAAUAAUAGCUAUACUAAUUGCACUUGCCGUGCAAUUUGGAAAUUCGGUUCGUCUCGAACCGUACCUUUUGCAAAAACCAAAUAAAAUAAUUUAUGAACUACUUUUCUAUGCACCAGUUUUCGUAUUCAUCAUUCUUUCGUUUGAACCGCCCAAAACAAGAUUCCGUGUUUUUACUCUUUACUCUUUGAUCGCAACCCUGAUUAUAUUCCCAGUGUUUCACAGAGGACAGUAUGAAGCCAACCUCAGUCUAAUGAAUAGCACUCUUGCCUGUCUUUUAGCGUUCAAGAUGCUGCUUUGGUUAAAAUAUUCUUAUCACAAUAACUUGGGAAAAGAUUCCGGUAAAAGAUUUACACCGUUUCUUUGGACGCUACUUUACAUGCGAUCAGAUGCACUGUUACAUAAUCAGCAAAUAUCACAACCAUCUACUCCAACAUUGGAUCGAGUUCACUCUUACUUGGGUCGCCGAGCAUGCGUGAUGUUCGGAAAAUACUUGAUGUACGAGUUUCUCUUGGGAGUUCUCGUUGCUAAUACUCCGCAGAUUCCGGAGAGGUUAUACAUUCUACACAUAAUUCUGCUCACGCAUGCGUUAAUCCUUCGACAUAUCCUAUUAUGCGAAAAGUCCAACUCAAACAAAUCCUCUACAAGUCCUCGAGUUUUUCAAAUACUAACGCCUAAACAAACAGAGGUGAUGAAAGAAUGGUUGGUUCUGAUGAUAUUUCACUCGAAACCACCGUUCAAUAGACCAUAUCUCUCUAAUAGUCCUCGAGAUAUGUGGACUAAUCGUUGGCAUUCGGUGUUUCUAGAGACCUUCAAAGAACUUGCUUAUUACCCAACCAAGAAUUUGACAGUAAAUAAGUUUGGGCGAAAAUUGGGAAAUGCAUUGGGAGUGAUGUCAGUGUUUUUGGUGAGCGCGUUGUUUCACGAAUAUAUUUGUUUUACCUCUUGGGGUAGUUCAUACGGAGAUCAUAUUGCAUUCUUCAUUUAUCACGGAAUAGUGAUGGUUACAUGGGAGAGCUUGGUGAUGAUUGUCGCAAAGACAAAGGGAGGGAUGGAUGAAGAAAAAAGUAAGGGAGGAGCGAGAAACGAGAAUAAAGAGAAUGGUUAUGAAAUCAAACGAAAGAUAAUAGAUGUAUUCAAGUGGGCAAUAUUUAUGAUUGUAAUAAUACCGGGACUUCCAUUUUUUUGUGAACCAUUCUCUCGCAAUAAUCAAAUAUUGGCUUGCGCCUCUUUAAGAUCCGUCGUGAAGAAUUUGAUUCAUAAAACAUUCCAUUUGCAAAUGUAA